UCCUCCCUUGCACUACUUUAGUCCCACCAAAGGGCCAGGGAAUCCAGACUGCACUGGGAGAUGAGGAGAAGCUGAGGGAAGCCCUGGGUACCACAGGCUGAAGAGCUGUAUUCUCACCAUCCAUCCAUCCAUCCAUCCAUCUACCCAUCCACCCACCUGUCUUCUUCAGGAGAGGACAAGGUUGAUCGCAAGGACAACUCUGAAACAAGAGCUCCCCUCUGCAGCCCACCCUCUGCCCUUGUCUCUGGCCAUGGACCGAUCCACACAAGAGCUCUUCCUCAACUUCAUGAUUGUACUGAUCACAGUACUCCUCAUGUGGCUUCUGGUGAAGUCUUACCAAGACUGAAAUGACCACCCUGAGUCAUCCCCGGAGUCCCUCGUGGAUGUGUUGUUGGAGAAGGAUGCCAUUUUGGCAACACAAGAAUGCUGCCUCUUUGUGUUCUCUCUCUUUGUGUGGAAAUGUCUUCUCUCUCUUUUUUACUCUAAAACCCCUCUUGUCUAUAAGUUGCAUCAAGAUGUUCAAAUGACUGUAAGAUGAGGUAAAUUAUUUAAUUUAUAUGCAAAGCAUGGCGUAUCUUUCUUUCUCCUUAUCCUUUGUAAUUAUGCACACACCUGAUUUGGAACCAUGAUGGUGGCUGGAAACAUCAACAUUAAUGUGCUCAUCACAGCUGUCUGUCUUUUAGCCACUCUUGUAUGGCUUUCAUGAUUUUGACAUUGUGUAGCAAAAUCUAUUGAUCUGGAAUGUUGAAAUUCCUCUUUUGUCUGCUCUAGUGAUUUGAAUAAAGAACUUCGUAAGACUA